UGUCACGGCGAAGGGAAGGCGACUCUGCCUUGAACAGACGUGUUAAUGCGUCUCGCGGAGUAUUGACUUCAGGAGGCCAAGACUAAGGCUCAAGUGAAGGCGCCUUUCUGUCUGAUCCUGUCCCCAAAAAGACAGCUGAAAGACAAUGACGUCACCACGGGUUCCUCCUGAUGGAGGACGACGUGGCCCACCACCAACGUCAUCGGGCCGUCUGACCACACUAGACCAAACUACGUCAUCACUAGUGGCCCAGUCUAGAUCCUUCGCCUCCAGACCCAAUGGAGACGUACCACAGGCAGCGCCCACUAUUGGCGGCACAGCAGAUGACAAAGGGAGCAACCAGGGCGCGUCAUCGUCCAAUGAAGAUAACUCCAGCGGCUGGUUGGCGAAUAUGAUGGUGGCGAGAAUGAAAGUCCCCGACCCGGAGGCCUCCAACGACGGUGAUGUCGCCUCUCAAGGGGAGAAGGGCACGAUUCUUGGAAAACUGUUUUCCGGGAAAUCCCGAGUGUCCCAGUCGAAGGACACGCCCUCAGGUUCUGGGAGACAAGCCGACAAGAAAGGAGGAGGCGGGGCAAGAGCUGGGCAGGGGAAGAAGGAAGACAAAGACAAGAAGCCAGUUUUGUCAAAGGCAUUUGGAUUGUUUUCCAAAACCAAAGACGGACCAAGACGUGAGGACGAGGAGUUCAAAAGAGAAGUAGCCAAAGAAUUAAGGAGGAGAACUGAGAACUAUGGGUUUGGCGUGCACGCUACGGAGGCUCACAACAGAGGAUCCAAGACGAAUAAUCCUCCAGUUCAGAGUUCAGCCAGGCCACCACCCAAAGCUCACACACCUACAAGCACAUCUAGCUCAGGUCACAGUCGGAAAACCAAACCGACUCCAUCACCUGCUAAGAGAAUCUCCAGUUCGAAGAAAGAUGAGGGAGCGAAAGCUUGGUUAGAUUUUGCAGUCACGCCAGCAGGUACAAAAUCAUCUUCAGAAAUAGAACGGAAGAAAGCAAACUUUUUCUUAAAUCUGAAAAAAUCACAUCAUUUACCUUCUACUUCUGACACAAAUACUUCUACAGUGACUACUGGACAAAAUCUCAGCGGUACAGCAAACCCAGAACCUCCUAAUGAAAUGCAAGGUCAAAGUUCAUCGAUAGAAAACGUCACGCCCGACACUAAUGGCAGUCUUGCGGAUGGUGCAACAGUGGCACCAGAAUCAGCUUCGUCUACUCAGCCCCAGCUUCCCCAAAAAGACAAAGGCAAAUCUAAGACUGGCAGACCUUUUCUCCACAAAGAUCAAGUAAGUAAUGAAAAUCUACCAACAGCAAUAAGUGGGAGCUCGUCUUCCAUAGGAAAAUCGGUGACUUUUGUGAACGAUUUGGAAACGACUCCGUCUACCACUGGUCGAGAAAAAAUCAACAGGUCUCCUAAACCAAAAGCUACUGUUCUCAGACCUACGCAUGCCGAGAAGGGCAUGUCUGUGAAGCGCGUGGUGUUCUUUCAAAACAGAUUUAUUGUAUUAGAAAAAACUGAAAAGCCCCAAUCACCGAAGAGAAUGAUAUACACGGACAAAAACGCCCCUCCAACUCCCAGUAUUUCCGACAGCACAGUCUCUGGUACCACAAGUGUAACACCUUCCCCUGCUACAAUCGACGCGCCCCAUGAACAUUCCAAUGUCGCAGACGCAUUUCUUGCCGCCGUAGCAUCCUGUGGUGUUAAAGUUGUUACUAGAGCCGAUGUUUCUGGCGUGCCGUCAUCCAGUGCCAACGGUAGAAUUCCCCACUCUGAGCAAGAAGAUGAGCAAAAUGAAAGGAAAGAAACUCGCCCGCCUGUCCCAUCUCCUUCUUCUACCACGGAUCAGAGAAAUAUCAAGGCUAAUCCUACGGUUACCGUGGAAUUUCACGGCGGUGUUACAGGGGACAACACUAGACACUCGUCUCGUUCGACCAAUCAGAUCGGGCGAGUGGAGGAUUUAGGAAUCGAUCCGCGCCCAGGGCCAAGUCUGGCGUCUAGAGGAGACACAAACAGUAGCAACAACGUAGCCUCGGUGUCGGGGGUGUCUGGUAGAAAAUCUGGACAAUCUAAAAAUCCUUCAACGAUAAGGGAAGAGAAGAAUAAGAAAAGCGGAGACUCGCACAGAGCGAAAACGGGGCGGGUUUCAGAUGACAGUUCGAGCUCGAAACAACGGCAGGUCGACUUGACAGUAAAAGGUCAGAGUUCACAAACCGUUGUGCCCAGACCCGGCACCAGCACAGGCAGCACAGAUCCAAAAGGCCAAAGAAAGGGCGAUGGAAGCCCCAGGUGUGGAGGGAAAAUGGACAGCCGAAAAUCACCACCCCGUGAGCGACAUUCUUCGUCACAGAAUACGAUAACAUUUCUCGAUUCUGAGACUGUGACCAAAGAGAGAGACGGCCAAAGCCGUGCUAACCCCCGUGGACAAAAGAGGCAUUCUGUGGAUAAUGUUUCGAACACUCGCGGCACAAACGUACAAGAUCCGUAUAGAAGAGAAAACACCAAAUCCGAUGUCAACAAAACUAGAGUUGAAAGUAGUGACACCCCUGUCCAUUCUCCUCAGGGAAACUCACCAAGCGGUCCACGCAAUAUAUGGGAGAGACGUGGGCAAACGUUUGUUCUGAAGGCAGUAGACGUAGCUCAAGACGAAUCCACGCCAAAGGAAGAAGAAUACGAAGAAGAAUUUCCACAGUUUUCGAAACACGCAGUUCAUUUUGAAGGAUACAAAACGGCAUUUAGAAACAUUCUUCAAAACAGCAAUAGUAAUGCAUGCUUUGAGACAGCCAGAGAUCACCGACUCUCGGAGCUGGAAGAUGUUUUUGAAGAAACAGAUGGCUUCACAUCAGAUGAGAAUAGUCCCGUUAGCGCGCUCACUUCUGAGCGGGCGAGACAGUCAGAUAGAAACGUUCCCCAUGACGGCGGUGACAGCCGUCCGCCCAGGCGUCAGAUCGAAUCACAACAACAACAAGGCAACCGGAAGGGAGACAAGCAGCCGAACGGAAACUCAUGUGAACAAAGCGACCAGCAACCCAAGGAUUAUUUUCAUAUUCUGCUGGAACCAAAGCCUGACCAGGAUGUUCUUAAUAGAAAGCCAAAACAGUCACAAUACCAACAAUUACAACAACAGCAGCAGAAGCAACAGCGGCAGCAGCAGCGAUCACAGAGUCACAAGCCCAGCAAGGGCAAACACAGGCAUAAGCUCUCUUCUUCGACUCCAUCAUCUUCCAAUGUUCCCUAUGAUAUUCAUCAUGACAAUCAUGGGUCCCAUCUUCAUCAUCCUCGAGAUCUUCCUGAUAGUCAUCCACCAAAUUCCCACCACGAUCGUCGUAACCAGCACACCCAUCCCGACCAGUACCAUUCACAAACAACCCCAUACGAGCUUUCCUCCUCACCACCCCGCAAUUUCACACUAAAAUCCACACCAGACAAGAAGCGGCAUCGACACAGUACUAGCAGUAGUAGUAAAUCCAGCCCAACAAUGCCUCACAUCAAAUUUACCGCCUCAUCUCCUCCUCGUCCUCUCUCACCCUCCUUUACUUACGCCUCAACCUCACAUUCCCCUCCCCUCCCCGAUCGUUCUCAACCCGGCGCCACCACCAACAGAGACCCACCUCACAAACAACGGUUAUCAGAGAGAGUCAGUUCAACGUCAGUCCCCCCACCCUCCUCCACCUCCCCACUCCACACUCCGUCGCCCGACCACAAAACGAUCUCAUCGAUCGCCACUCGCAGUGAGAGCCAUAAGAGAGAAACUGCCAGGGGCGCGAGACAAAGGGCAGCAGACAUGCUGGAGAAAACCCGCCAAAAUACAGAAACGAUCGAGAAAACACGCCAAAGGAAUAGUAAUGAUGAUGAGCGAGAUGCGAGCGGUACUCCCCGCGAUACAGGGCACGACGAAGGUUAUGCUUUAGUCCCCGCUCUCGGUGACGUCAUAUACCAGGGUUUUGCCAAAAGUGGAUUUUACCCAGGUGGCCAACAGCAACAGAAGCAGCAACAACAACAACGGCAGCAGCAGCAGGACCUGAAUUCUCAUGCAAUGAGUGCAAAUCAGACAUCUGGUGAGUCCCACAGUCGAACCGGGAACGCCAUGUCACCGAAAGGUCACAUAACAGAAGAUUCUCAUAACCACGAUCCCCAACAAGGUCACUCUGGGCACGCCAGCCAAGAUGAUGUCACUAACAGUUCUACCCGCAGACGUGACAGAACGGAACCAUCCCAUCAUCACCGCUCACGAAGACGCACGCAUAUACCCAGUGAUCACGUGACCGGCGAUCCCCAGGACCCACGCGACCAAUCACACCACAGUGGCUACAGUCCAGUAACUGAUGAUUCUCGACACGGCACCCACCGCACUCUUAGGCCUCACAACCAUAAGACUCUCGACCACAACCACCACAACCAUAAACACUAUUAUGAUAGUGAUAAUACAAGCUCACACAAACCCUCGCCAGCAGACAACACUGAUCACCUUGACCCCAUCAACGACACAUAUUCUUGCCAUGACAGUCAAUACCCAGUCCUGAACUCUGCCUUGAGAAAACAGGAAACCAAUAAGGCCAGUAGAAAGAAAGAGGUAUCCAAGGAAAGAGGAAAAGAGAGAAGGUUAGAAGAAGGGAUAGGUGAUGUGGUGGACGGGGGUUUCGGGGAAUGUAGGAAAAGAAGUGUACAGGACGGAAAUAUAGAAGGUUUGUACAAUCAAAAUGUUAAUAAAAAGGCGACAGAAAAAGAAAUGGAAGAAAGCUUAAAAGAAGAAGAGAAGGAAGGAACGAAGAGAGAGGAAUUGUAUGGUUUAAAGGAUGCAAUAAAAGAGGAGAAAACGGAAGAAAGGAGAGAAGUGGUACAGGAAGGAAAAGAAAGCUUGGCUGAGGUAUGGAAUGAAGAAGUGUUAGAGGUUGGAGAGAACAUAAAGAAGAAAAAAAAGAAGAAAAAUAUUUUUCUGUUUAGAAAGAAAAAAGUUGUAAAAGAAGAGAAGAAAGUGGGGUCAAUGUCAUCCCCCAGAGCUGAUCCCCUCUCCCAGUGUCAAGUAACUGACGUAAGUGAACCUGUGGCGAGUACUUCAUCCAGCUGCUCGAUGGGGCUUCACGACAAGUCACGGCUCACAACAGGUGAGAGUAAUAGCCAUAAAUCUGGCCAGCCUCACGAACAACCACUGAGGCUGGGGGUAAGGCGGAGGAGGGAUGACAUUGGGGACCAGAUGAUGGAUAACGGUGAGAUGACGGAGAGUCGAGAGGCAGGCAGAGGUGAGCAGCAGCUGAUAACGAGGCAUAUGAGGGACAGGAGAAAGGAUGAAGGAGGAGAAGGGAAAGAGGAGGAAUCUCAACGAGACAGAAAACAAAGUAGGGCGAUAAAUGAAGGGGCUGAAGAUAAUGAAAACGACGGCAACGAAGUCGAAGAGAAAAAUCAGAAACAAAACACACGACGAAAGAAAUCACAAAUAGACAAAAACAGAGUGAAGGAUAUUUGUGGUCAACACGGCCCUCAACAGGCAGCCGUAAGGCAGGCCGGACCCGACCGUUCUAGUAGCGCGGAAACUGAUGCAGCAGUAGCGGCAGAAGCCGGCGGUGAGCAGCUGCGGUUUGAAGAGCGACGCACAACAGAGUGUGGGCAGACGACGACGACGUCGACGACUGAUGUGUCUACUGCUGCCGCCGCCGCCGCCGCCACGAAGACGAAGAGCGACCUCACGUCUGCUACUCACAAACCUGCCCGCGGUUUUCGCGCCGCCGCGCGGGGGAGAGCACGAGAGAGAAGACAAACGCUCCGCGGCGAGGGGGACGCCACUAAGACCUGGCUUGCAUCUGUCGCCGACUCUGAUUGUGGUGGCCGCCGUGAUUCUGAACUGUGUUGUGCUGUUGAGAGUGAGAGACGGCGGGGAGACAACGGAGGGGAUACCGGGAAGAGCAGUGACACCAAGAGAGGAGGAAGAGGAGGAGUAGGAGGCGGAGCAGGCGAUCUGGCUUCGGUACCGUAUCAUAUAACAGCGUGUGUAACUCAUGAAAGUUUCGUAGCCCCCGACGUGACACCGCUGUUCCCAACACCAAAUAUGGAUGGCGGAAUGGAUGGGCGGGGCAUCGAGAUUAUUGUCUCAGAUGAAAACGACGCACGGGUCUCUACGGUCAGAUCCGGCAAGAGGGCGGUUCUUCGACGAAUUUGGACGAUUCUAUUGGAUAAUCGUGUGGCAGGGCGGCCUGAGAGAGAGCGUGCGCUCCGCCCACACCCUGAGGAGUACCGUGUUCUGAAGCGUGUUCUCAACAUCGUGUUCAUAACGAUUGGAGUGGCUUUAUUAAUCUCUGUCUUUGUGGUGAUCAUUUACACGUAUGUGGUGGACGACGAUCAGCUGAGAUCGAGCUCAGGACGCCGCACGCCCACCAAGACAGUGCAAGUACCACAAGGACACAACACAACGGCCUCAAACCACACGGUGCCACAUCAUCCAGGAAACUUUCCCUCUGGAAGUUGAUAUCGCUGUACCCAUCGACAUCACAGGAAUCGAUGACGACAUGUGAUCUGCUGCCUGGUGUCACAGUUGUGACUCUCCCUUCAAUCAAUGACUCACUUUCUUUCGGAAGGCGUCAGAAGUUCUUGUGGCCACAGUCCACGGUAUGGUGAAAUCAUAUGGCCUGCUGUUUGACGUCACAACUUCGAUUCCCUUUCCGGGCAAUGACUCACUUUUUUUCCGAAGGCGUCAGAAGUUCUUGUGUGACGACGUUGUAUGAAAUGGUGACGUCAUUUGGCCUGAUGUUUUACGUCACAAUUAUGAUUCCCUUUUCGGGCAACGUCUCACUCACUCUAAGUUUUCCAGUUCUCCGGAGGUGUCUCUAAUACUCGUUACGUUGGCGUGUGAAUACGAGACAGAUGAUCCCCCCCUCCCCCCCUCCCCCC